AUAGACCUUUUGCAUGGAACGGUCACAUUGUACUAAAUUCGCCAUACUUGAUGACAAAAGAAUGUAAACAACCUCAAAAACAAAAGUAACGCAGUCCGUCAAACAGUUUUAACAUCCUAGUUAGAAUUCUGCCAUUCAGCAGCACGAUGGAUUUUUUUACUGUGUGACCGUCCGUCUSCCACGUCUGUCAACAUUGGCAAUGCGUGUUUAAUUUUGUAAUCCACCRCUUCAAUGAAUUCCUGAGGUACAUGAUAACGUUUUCUAACAAUUCUCAAUAUAAAUUUGACGUUCCAUGGAAAUCUCUUUCAUCGCAAGUUUGCCUACUCUUACAACUCAUUCAGUUUUCAGCGACAUUUGGCACUCUGCAGAUACAAAAUCUCAUUGUCACAUUGACAACACAUAGGAGGAGAUUUGGUCGAUAUAUUUAAAAAGAUAUCGAGCGUAGUCCUGGACAGAAAGACUCAAAAUCGGCAAACGAASUGGUUGAAUUAUUCUAUGGUCUUCAGAGUUUAUAGACAUACAGAUCACCGCAAGGGAAAGAUAGUCCAUUGAAUAGCUGAAGAUGAAAAUUAAUGAAUUUGCAAAAAUAUUUAAUUUCAAGUAUUUUAWUAAUAAAUUUUAUUGAAUUGUUUCUCAUCAGUUUAUUGGGUUGUCGAUUUUUUUCUUUUACUGAGUUAGUUUUAUUGCCCUUACAGAAAUGCGUUUAAACCAAAUUUUAAAAAUGUGAAAACUAUACUUCUUUGAUUGGGCAARACUAGACUAUAUUCUGGAAAAGGAAAAACCUUUGUUUCGAAUUCCUCCAAUGAGAUUCACGGUCAGCAUUUUGAUGGCUUCGCACGUCAGUCAUACCAUUCAAGCGGGAACGACGUACGCCGGCUUUGCUGUCGUUUCUUCUGCAAUCUGGAUGAAUCAUCAACUUUUUUACAUUCGCCGACUUUUAGAAUUAAUUCAUUGAUAAUGAUUGACAAGAGGUGACAUUUAAAUCGAUAUUUUGAAGUUUUUGGUCAUUUAUCGUACUAUUAGAAAACAGAGAGAUCAAAUACCGAUCAUCGUCUUCCCCUGAUUGUUGUCGCUUUGAACCACUUGUUGCUGCAGUCUAUAAAAAGAGGGCUUCAAGCCGAUCGCUGAAUUGGCCCAAAAAAGUCGAUACAUGCAGGCCAAACCGAAGUUMAAAACAUGAAUGUUAAAGAGUUAGACGCUAUACCAUGUACAUCCAUAUAUAUGAAUGGAUCAUUGGACGAGUCCGGUCCCCAUAGCUGUACAAACGAAAUCGAACAGAAUCGCCAUAGCGUUGAUAGUACUUCCAGAAGGACAGUAGAUGAGUCUUCACCAUUGCAAAUGAACCCAAUUCACCAAGUGUACAAUAACAUUCUACAACAGCCUUCUGACGUGUAUACUGGUGUUAUAAGAAAUAGCCGCUUURACUUUAUUCACGAGGAACCGCACAAGAAAAGACUCAAGAGGACGUCUGUCAGCCGUAAUGGAGCCACGCCUUAUCAAGAGGAAAUUAUCUCCAGUCAAAAGAGCAGAAGGAURGACGAUUCCUCACCAAGUCCCCUUGAUGCUCUCAUGAUAAUAAAGAGUCUAUCUGGAUGUGCUGGCAUUGAGGUGAGUCUAGAUUAACUGCUGUUUAUACACAUAAACGUGACUAUAUUAAUAAUAUCUCAACUUUGAUGAUACUUUUCUCUCCAUUUUUUUGCGUAUCAUCCGUUUUCCGUCGUUGUUUUUAAAAUGUUUAAUGAAGAAUCACAGAUGGCAUGUCUUUAUCAAAAGCUAUCCAAAUCUUUGUCCGAGARUGCUCCUGUUGCUUUGAUAUUUAUGAUAAUUUUUUCAAUUUCAUAUUUURAUUUUCUCAGUUUCUGUGCAGUAUUACUAAACUUAUUUUAUGCCUAUAUAGAACAAUCUAGAUUUAGGCGAAAACAACUGUACAACCCAGGGUACAGUUCAUAAUGGUGGUGGAUGGUCAGACCUUGCUGCUGAUGGGAAUGGAAACCUUUCUACGCCAAUUUACCAGCCGGAAUACUCCUUGCAAGUAGAGCCUAAAUACCAUCAUGAAUCGACAUCACCUGUAGAAACCAUAGAACGACCUACAAUGGACACCAUACAAUACCAUCAGUCUACAUAUGCCUCAUCAAUGCCUAGUAUCAAUUCAUUUACAACGGCCUUUGAUCAGUAUGGUUACCGUGGCAUAACGUGCUUUCCUCUUAUGUACCCCGCAGCCGUACCACCGUAUMAUCCAAUGCAGUAUUAUCCUAUGUUCCCAAAUGUCGAUCCUUACUUUCUGCUGCGUGAUAGAUAUAAAGACGUUGAGCCGUAUAUCUUCCCUACAUUUAUCCAGCCAAAACCUUUUACAAGUUCUUUGCCAUUCAGAACAUUCACAGAAACACUUCAGCCAUCCACACCGCCAUAUCCCAGCCCUGCUGCAAUGUUCCAAGCUGCCAAUCUCAUACCUUCUCUAAUGAGUUCAAGCUGUAUUGAAACUAAGCCUGUCACGGCCGUGACGACAAAUACCAGCCCGAUUAAAGAACCUUCAAGGAGUGAUAAUGGCAGAAAGAUUCAGCCAAAGCUACCGUCACAAUCAACGUGGUUGAAAGCCGACGGUGGGUURAUGAACUGUUACACUGUUGCUGCGGCACCUUCUGACGUCAUGACAUAUUUACCACAAAGAGCUAAUGAGGAUGAUGCCAAUGAUAACGACAGCUCUUCGUCGCCUUAUUGUUCCUCUGUCUCCUCUGAUGACGGUGAUGAUGACGAUGAUGAAAAUGAGAAUUCCCUGGAACAGCCUUCCAUUAUUGAUCUAGUAGUAAAGAAGRCAAAAGCGCCUUCACGUAAGCCUCAUGUUUGUGAUAUCUGUGGCAAAACCUAUGCACGUGCGUUCACGUUAAAAACUCAUCAGCGCGUUCACACUGGCGAACGACCAUACACGUGUAAAAUAUGCUUUAAAAGGUUUGCACAGGGAGGUGGUCUCGACUCUCAUAUGCGAGUACACACUGGAGAAAAGCCCUAUAAAUGCCCUCUGUGCGAUCGAGCUUUCUCUCACUCUUCAGCUGUGAAAAGCCAUCUUCGUCGACACACUGGAGAAAAGCCUUUCAGCUGUACUGUAUGCAACAAGAAGUUUGGUGAUCAGUCAACAUUAACGAAACAUAACAGAACACACACUGGUGAAAAGCCAUUUCAAUGUCACAUAUGUCACGCCACCUUUACCCAGAUUGGCAACAUGAAUAAACAUCUUAAGAAGAUCCAUGAUAACAGAGGUAGAUAUGGUUACUACAGCAAAAGGCAACACAUAUCCAUGUUUGACACACACACACAAAAAAACAAMAACAUCAAUACAUGUCGUAAUUGAACCAGACGACAGAGAAAGGAACAAAUAAUGGCAGUCAUUCACAUUGGAAGAACAUUCAAAAGAUUCACUUUUGAAAGACUUGAAAUGAURAAAAUGUAAUUCGAAGAAACAUUGAAAAAGCUUUAAACUAUAUUUAUUUGAUGGUUAUAUUCAGCUGCUCAGUUGCGUUCUCAUAAAGUAUUGAUCUAGUUGCGGGUGGUAUUUUUUUAAUCCUUUUAAAACCAUUUUAAAACCAUCUUUUCAAACGAAAUAGUUCAGCACAUUUUAAGUUAAUGCUGUUAAAGAUACACUAAUGUUUCUAUUUUUAUUGAUUUUUCGUUUCACAUAGAAUUGCUAGUCGCUUCCUCAUAAAAUCAUUGGACAGUCAUUGGACAAAUUUAAUGAAAAGCGUAAUUGUGAAAAGUGCCGAAUCGGUUAUAAGAGGUUUAUACAUGCAUCAAGAGUUUCGGAGAACAAUCCAUCCGCCAUCUUGAAAAGUGAGACUCAAAUCACGACACCUUUAGGAAUUUUAGGCUAGUAAAAACCCUUAGUGAAAACACACGGUAUAACUCCUAAAGAAAUUAAAAGGUUCUAAGUUAAUGUAAAUCUAAUAUAAUAUACGUUAUGAUGAUAGAUUAGUUGACUAAGCAACUAUGAAAUUUGUUCUAAGGCAAAACAGUGAUUCAGGGCUCACUUUUCAAGAUGGCGGACACAUUGUUCUCUGAAACUCCUGAUGCGUGUAUUCAUAAAGUGCAUUGUUUUCACUGCAUUGUGAUAGAGUGGUUCUCAUUAACCCGUGAAACAAAGUGUAAUAGUCAAAGUGUAAUAGCCAAGAAAUAUAAUAGAAAACAAAAGAGACAAAGUGUAAUAAAGUGUAACACGCUAAAGUGUAUUUYACGGGUUAAUGMGAACCACUCUAAAUAAAGUGCAGUAAUUAUGCAAAUACAUGUAUUGGUAUGUUCUUUGCCUUUACUUUUUUUAUCAUAUAAUAAAGUAUUUUGCACCAAACAGGAAGAUUUGCCAUUGUGGGUGUCAAUCAUGGAGUCAUGUUGUAAAUGCUUGAAAUUGUUUCAGGCAAGGUCUUAUCUGCUCUUGCCGUUUUCGUAGCGUUCUUGUAUUUCAUUUUCCUCGAAAAACACAUAUUGAACCUAAACAGCAGUGGUUUAGGCUUAAGUCUCCACUUUAG